UGAGCUUCCAGGGGGCGGGACUCAGCGGGUCCGGUCCAGUUAAAAGGGUGGGAGCGGCCGGGCCCAUCUCUCUGAGGAGUCCUUUGACAGCCCUGCAGCAGACCCCGGGAACACCCUCUAGGCUUCACUAUGGCUUGUGGUCUGGUCGCCAGCAACCUGAACCUCAAACCCGGAGAGUGCCUCAGAGUGCGCGGCGAGGUGGCUCCCGACGCCAAGAGUUUCGUGCUGAACCUGGGCAAAGACAGCAACAACCUGUGUCUGCACUUCAACCCGCGCUUCAACGCCUUCGGCGACGCCAACACCAUCGUGUGCAACAGCAAGGACGGCGGGGCCUGGGGGGCCGAGCACCGCGAGCCCGCCUUCCCCUUCCAGCCUGGGAGUGUCGUGGAGGUGUGCUUCUCCUUUGACCAGACGGACCUGACCAUCAAGCUGCCAGAUGGACACGAGUUCAAGUUCCCCAACCGCCUCAACCUGGAGGCCAUCAACUAUGUGGCAGCAGACGGCGACUUCAAGAUCAAGUGCAUAGCCUUCGAGUGACACCAGCCGGCCCAAGGCCGCCAAUAAAGGCAGCUGCCUCUGUUCCCCUGA